GUAAGAAUAGUAACAGUAAACAUUUAAAAAUUUAAUAAAGUUGUGUUUUAAAAAAAAAAAUUAUUAAAUUGUUAUGAGCGACGAGUAAAAAAAACAUUGAUCAAGUAAAACGUGAGAACUAAAUUUAAUUUAAAAUGAAGAGUAAAAAAGGACAUAUAACAAGAAAACAACGCCUGGCAAAAAAGGAAGCAGAAGCUAAAGCGCUUGUAGACAAAGCAAACUCUCUUGUUGAUCCUCUUUCAUUGUUAGAUUCAUUUAAAUCUUAUACAACAAAUAGUAAUAUUAAAUUUAAUUUAAAAUGUCAUAAAGUAAAAGAAUUAUCAUCAGAAUUAUUGUCAUGGAUUUUUGAUCUUAUGGAGCGCAAUAUGAAGACACUUUAUGAACAAUCUCAUUGGGGGUGGAAUAAAAGUUCUAAACAUAAAGAACUGACUGAACCGACUGCUUGGUAUUUAAUUGCAUUUUUAGAUGACGAACCAGUUGGAUUUUCUCAUUUUCGUUAUGAUUUAGAUGAUAAAGUUGAAGUUUUGUAUUGCUAUGAACUGCAAUUAGAAUCAAAAGUAAGACGACAAGGUCUUGGACGAUUUAUGAUGAAUACUUUGGAGGCAUUAUCCGUUCAAAGUGCUAUGAAAAAAGUUGUUCUUACAGUUUUAAAGCACAAUCCAGAUGCUAAAACAUUUUUUCAAUCAUUAGGUUAUAAAGUGGACACAACAAGUCCAUCAGAUUGGGAAAAUCUAGAUUACCUUAUUCUAAGUAAAUAAAAUAUCACUGAUCAUCAUUAAUAUGUACUACUGUACUAUAAGCUUAAAAAAAAAUUUAUUAAAAAGAAAACGAACAUUAUUAGUAAUUUUUUACAUUAUUCUCUUCCAAUAAUUAAGUUACCUUUUGUAAACGGGGCUCUGUAAUGUUUCUACUCAAAUAAUAAUGGUAAAAUAAUAAAAAUAUAAAUAUUAUCUUUAUACAAUUUAAGACUGUGUUUUGUGAAAUAAAAUAGCUGAGAGCUGGUGAGGACAUAAA